AUGGCAGAGGAACCAUCGCUCCCGGCGCUCCCGGCCGUUUCCUGGAAUGGGCAGUCCGAAACCUUCACCAAGGGCUCCCGGAAGCGCUUGAGGCCAGUGCAUCCGAACACGGGCACCACAGCGCCAGGUCUAUACAACUCGAGUGACCCCGCGGUGUUCUCCAGCGACGACGAUCCUGGCCUAGACAACUACGUUGGCGGUCGCCGCAAGCGAAAAUACGUUGGAUCUUGGUAUCAGCAGUUCCCGACAUCUUCGGACUCAACUUUCAGCGAGGUCCAGCAGGUUCUACCGCGGCCCAAGCGAGCUUUGAGGCGACAACUGGACAGUGGUGUGUUUCUGGGGAGCGAUGGCGCAACGGAUAAUGAGAGUGUACCCGGCGUGAUUGACCUACCCAUCCAUUCCAAGUUCCCGCGCAUCGAGCGUCCGCCAGUUCCUACAUUUUCGGAGCCUGAGCUCGUGGCUCAGGAGAAGAUUCGCGAAUGCCUGGAGCAGGGAAACGAAUCCAUUGACUUUUGGUCCAUGGGCCUGGACGAUAUCUCCAACGAGACUCUAAUGCCGUUGGCGCAGCUCUCGUGCAUUCCGCAAGUCGCUCGCGACGUCGCAUUUGAGCAAAAAGACCCAGAACUCAAGAUCUACCUCGCACGGAACAGGCUGCGCCGUUUGCCGGGAAGCCUCUUUGAUCUAGCAUUCCUCACAGUGCUAAGCCUUCGCGACAACAAGCUUUCGGAUAUUCCAGCAUCCAUCGCAAAGCUGACCAAUCUGAGAGAGCUCAACCUUGCGCAGAAUAAGCUACGCACACUGCCGCUGCAACUUUUGGACCUCAUCGGCCCCACUGGGCGCUUGAAGAAGUUGAUGCUGUUUCCAAACCCAUUUGCGCAACCAGACAGAGCAAUUGGUGAUGUUUCAGGCGAUGGUGAAAUGGAUGCUCACGAUUAUGUCGUGACCAUGCCCAUUGGUUCAAUGCGACCUUCAGUUCUGGCGAGAUUCCUGGGUCAGACUCCACUGCAGCUCACGACCUCGAAGGGUCGACAAACAUCGAAGUUCAAGCUGUCAUUUGACGCUGGGAAGCUCCCUGUUGAGUUCGCCAGACAGGAGCUGGAAGCUAGCGGCGAGGAAGUGAUACUUGAAGGCAGCGACGACGCGGUUGCCGAGAAGCAGAGCCGUGUACCCAGCCUAGUCGAAGCGGCUCUUCGGUCCUGCUACCGCAUCCCAAAGCCAGAGAGCCUGGCACAGUACAUUCCCGAUGAGAUGUAUCAACUGCGCGAUUUGGUGACACUGGCAGGAGAACAGAAGCACUCGGGUGGCCUUGUGUGCAGCACUUGCCGAAAGCACAUGGUGAUGCCGGCCGUCGAGUGGGUUGAAUGGCGCGACCUGCGUACUUGCUAUUGGCUGCAGGCAGGCGGUGGCCGUGACGUCGAGCCAGGCCACAUCGCGGCGAGAUUGAUCCCUCUGAGCAGGGCGGACGGGGAGAUUGCCGUGCCGUUCUUGCAUCAGUCGCGGCCGGUGUCGCCGUCGCCGUCGCAGCUCCCACCAGUGCCCUCAUCGCCAGUCUACUCGAUAGCGUCCACAGCCAACCCCAUAUCGCAGUACGGCCUGCCGCUGCCACCUCCGCCACGGCCCGCGCACGCGGUGCUGACCAAGGCAGACCUAGAGCGCUCGCAGGCGGCCUACGCGGACCUCGUCGCAUCGGCCAAGGCGUACCGGCAGGCACUAGCGACGCUCUCGACGGCGGCGUCUGCCUUUGGCACGGCGCUUGAGUCGUGCGCGCGCCUCAAAGAGGCCCGUGCCGAGCCCAUCGGUGGUAGCCGUGCCGGGGGGAGAACCGCAGCCGGGGCCGGGGCCGGCGGCGUCGCCAGCAUGACGGCCAGCUUCGUCGCGACGCGCGGCACCUGCACCGCCGACACGCUCAUGGCCGCCUCGGGCCUGCAGCACCUCGUCGCCAACCACCAGCAGAUCCUCUCCGAGACGGUGUACCGCUCCUUCGAGGUGCCGCUGCUGCACGACCUCGACCGGUGGCGCUCCGUCAUCGACGACGAGGAGGCCACCUACCAGCAGCAGAUCACGGCGCAGGCGCGCGAGGUGCGCCGCCUCGAGAAGGACGGCCUGCGGCUGCACCGCCAGCGCCGCCGCGACGUCGCCCGCUUCCGCGCCCACCUCGUCGAGCUCACCGGCAAGCUCGACGGCAUGUCCACGCUGCAUGCCGACCACGCCCGCACCAUGCUGCGCGAGAGCCAGGAGACGAGCGCCCGCAUCGUCGACGCCAGCUGCAGCCUUGUCCGCGCAGAGGUGGACAUUUUCGAAAGCCUCGCCAAGAAGGGCUGGACCGGUGGUGGGCUGGAGGACCUGCUGGAGAAGGGCCAGGACCUGUUCGCGGCGGACGCGCACGCGGGCUACGCAGGCGGUGGUGGCGGUGGCAGCGGAAGUGACGGCGUCAAGCUCUUCUCCAUCCUUCCGCCAAAGAGCAUCUUGGCGGACGCGGCCGGAUCAGACUCGGGUUCGCGCGCGGGCGGCCACGCUAGGAGCGACAGCCUCCUCACCGACCCGGACCGGUACCAGUCUCUGACGGCGCUGGCCUCGGAUGCGCGCCCAGCCGCUGCUGCCGAGGCCGAAGCGCCGGCCGACUUCAACAAGCCGCGCAACGCGCGCCCGUUUUCGCCACAGCCCAUCCGUCGAGCCCCCAUGGAGAUUACGGAGGACUCACUGGGCGCGUUCACCAACAGUGAUACGCAGCAGCAGCAGGAAACCGGUGAGGACGGCAGCGUGCCUGGUGAGAAUGGUGGUGCAACGACCGCCGCCACACCCGUGGCUGACUCGUCUAAAGAUGAGGAACAGAGCGACAGCGACUCCCGUGGGAGGCGAUCGGGGUCGAGAACACCGGAGCCUCGAGACAAUGGAAACAUCCUGGCAUAUGAAAGCUCCCCUGGAAGUGGAUGGGGCUCUUGA